AUGUUCUAUAAACUUUCUACUCAGCAAUUGAAAGAAGUUCUCCCCUUUUUCAAGUCAAAACCAAAAUUUGCAUUAUUCGCCAACGCUGCCACAUUUGAGAUAGAAAAAAGGCUACCAAACCAUCCAUGCGAUUUCUACUGCCUGGAAAUCAACGAUUCGAAGUAUUUUUAUGUUUUCCGACAUGACUUCAUUCCAGACACCAGCAGACCGAUCCUAAUGAUCGGAAGCGAUCAAAGUGUCAAUGAGAAUGAUGUCAUUCAUGGUCUGGAACAAAUUAAGUCAGUGGAACCGGAUCUAGGAAAUAUCGAACUUCUUGUUGCAACUUCUGCGCUCUCAGCGCCGGGCAGAAAAUUUUUGAUUGAACAUUUUAAACGCAGUGAGGAUUAUAAUGUUGCAUGUAAUAACUUCUGUCUGCCUUUGUCUGCUCAAGCAGAAAUCCAGAAAAAGAUUGGUGGAAUGACCCUUCCAUCUGAUUUUUCGAUUGGAUCUACCCGGCUUUCUGAUUCGGAAAUUGUCAAUUCCACCUGGAAGUUUGCUACUCCGGAAACAGUUCUACAAAUAAAAGAAAUCAUUCAACGUCUUCCAACAGCUUGUAUUCAUCAUAAGGAUAAACCAGUGGCAUUUGAAAUGAUAGGAUUGCAUGGACAGUUAAAUCAUCAGUUUACUUUCCCUGAAUAUAGAAAUCGAGGAUAUGGAGGAAUGAUUGAAAACACAAUUGUUUCGAAAUGUUUCAAAGAAGGAAUCCAAGUAGUCAAAUCAGUGGAACUCAGCAAUAAAGAAGUUCUUAAAAGAAGUAUGGAUCACAAAUUGUGGGAAGUUGUGAGAGAAGAUGAUGGAGAAAUUAUAGUUUUCGAUUAUACUCAAUACCAUUUGAACUGA